AGUCAACACAGCUAGAACCGCAGCUGAGGAAGAAGGUCAGCGUCUCGUACAGAAGGUGUAGAUGUUUGGUUCCUGGGUACCUGUGUGUGGUUUACAGCAAACGAGCCCCCGCAUAAGCCUGGUCCAACCAGAAACUGACUUCACCUCCUCCUGGUUUCCCCGCCUUCAUUUCAUUCCCACCAUGUCCCUGUAUUCCUCAAAACUCCGGCUGAGCGUAUCACUGUGUCUUCUCCUCCCCCCCUGUGUGCUUCUGCUCCUUACUGACUCCGCCACCACAGGACCAAAUGGGGCCUACUUCUUCUCAACACCCACAGUUAAUUGCGCCUCUGGAUGUGCUACUGAUGCAACAACAAAGACCUCUUUGGAUGGUGUGACCACUCCACCGAACACUUCAGUCUCUGCCUUAAACCCGAAUAGCACUUCAGAUGUCAUCACACAGACCCACUCUAGUACAGGCAAGGAUAAUAACAGUCUGCAACCAAAUGCAAGCACUCAGUCCUCCCUGAACUCAUCAUCCACCAACCACACCACUGUCAGCCACAGACUGAAUGAGUCUGUAACAUCGGUGAACAAAAAUGAGCAAAUUACAGAAGGAGCCCUUUCUUCCACAUCUUCAGCAUCCUUUGAGCAGCCAUCGUCACAGGAGCAUCUCAAAUCACCAGAGGCAUUUACCCCCACUAGCUUGCCUGCUCAGCGCCUGCAUACUGGAUCCACCACCAGCACUAGCAGUAUAACAGCAACCACUUCAGAGUCUGUUAAGAAUGUGGUCACUACACCUGUGAAAUCUACAACCUCAGCACCAGCAACUGCAACAACAACAAGAACAACAGUAGCCCCACACUCGGUGACGAUAGCUUACACAAGUGUUGCUGUUACUUCCGUCCAUGGUUCAGACACGUCUCCAUCAGCUGCCCUGCCACACCCCAGUAUUGAGGUGGCACCGAUUCAGACAUCAUCUUUAACCAAAUCACCAUCUGCUAUAACUGUUGCCAGUACUGAUGCAUUGGCCAAUCACAAUAAAUCUUUUGCCUCAGCUACGAGGGUCCCUGUGGUAGAAGAGGCGGGGGUUGUUCUGACCAAGCAGCUCGUCGAUACGGCGUCUUUACUGGCUGUCCUGCUCUUUGGCCUGCUUUUCUUCUUGGUCACAGUGUCAGUGUUUGUCAAACUGGCCUACGACAGCUACAAGAGGAAGGACUACACGCAGGUCGACUAUCUGAUAAAUGGCAUGUACUCAGACUCUGGGGUAUGAGACAGGAAGAGGAUAAUUAUAUUUCAUGAAGCUUUUUCUUUCUUUGACUCUGAGCAGGAAAAACUAAAUGACGGACUAACUGAAUGGUAAGAUGGUGCUGUGAAUUUACAGGAUGGUCCAGUUAGUUCAGCAAGAAAUGGAAAAGGUACACUGAUGAUAAAACGGUGAUGCACACUGAUCUGUUUUCUAGCAGCUCCUGUUUUUUUGUGGGGGGGGGGUGUCAAAAUUCAAACCUUAUAGCUUACAUUUGGUUCUGCUAGUGGCCCCUGACAGGAUUGGAAUCUAUUAGACGUUUCCAAAGCUCAGCAGAUGACCUCAUCAUCAGUUAAUUUACUGCUGGUAAGAAAUGUCGAGAUUAUAUAAAAGUAGAGUUGUAAAAAAAUCCAACUAGCAAAUAAUUUAUUGUAUUUUUUUUUUUAAAUUUGCAAACAUCUAAGUGACAUCUAUAUAAGGACCAAAUCAGAAUGUUAUGCCCAAUGAUUCAUUUCCUUGUCAUUACCUUGAUGCUUAUUUUAUUUUUGAAAAAGUCAAUGGACAUACAUCUGAGUGCCAAAUAGGGUGUGUAACUGACAAAGAAUAGCUCUGCGCUUAAGGCAUUUAAAAUAUGUCACAUUGCAAAUUCUUUUUAAUGUGGUUUAAUUGGCCACAGUGAUAAUUCAGUUAUUCAGUGCUUCAUGCAGCAGUGCACAAAACAGUUUCUGCUUGACAACUUUUGAAGUUCUUUCAAUUCAGAAAUGACUGUUUUAGACGGUGUUUGUUUACAUUUUUGGAAUUUGGUGUUGCUGAUUUGAUAACAACAAUAAUAAUUACAGUUAUUAUUAUAUUUGCUCUUUACAAUUGGAUAUAUAACCUUGAUAGUGAAGAAAUGUUCAUCAGAUCUCAGUCACAUUUUGGAACCUUCCCAUUCCAGCCCCUGUACACAGUGUUGCACUGUUUACUGCAAAGUAGAUUAUUUGUUUUGUUAUUAAUACUCUACAGAAAAAUGGGGUAAAAAUGAAUCACACAUAGAUCUAAGUGUAUAAAAUCACUCUUGCCUUGCAACAUUUGACAGAAAUCUAAUGUGACGUUGUGGCUAAAAUUUGCCAUAUUUCUGUGGUGUCGUUAUAUUUCUUGGCCCUUCCCGUCUUUAAGAUAUCACAUUUUCCACGUUUUUAACUACAGCUGGCACUGAAUGAUGCACACUUGUUGUAAUUUCCAACCACAAAGCUAGACUCAGACUCACUGUUGAAGCUUUUCUAAAGUAAUCAUUAUCAACAUGGUGAAUUACUGCAGCUCUGUCCUCACAGUUGCAGGUGUGAGACACCUGGGUCUGUUGCAGUAUUAGUCUGUUGUAAUCUUGGCCAUCAUUUCUAUAAAAGAGAAAGAAGUAGCUGUUCGCACACUGCAGAACUCCAGAUUCCUCAUUUAUUACAUCUAGGGACAUUUCAAGCACACCUGCUUUUCAUCAGACAGCGACACACCAGGCAGUGCCAUCUGAAAUCAGCUGCGAACAGUCACGUGACCACGGGAAGCUGCAAAAGCUUCCAGUCAACAACCUUGUACAGGACAAAGAAUUGAUAAGUGAAUAAUUUGCUGAAUAAAACCAGCAGAUUAGAGAGAGAGAGAGAGAGAGGGUAUUAGAUCCCAGCUGUGAGUACUUUGAGUUUGACCUCAUGUGAAGUCAAUUAAAUAGUCUGGAUACACUUCUGGCUUGUUUAUAGUCUAGUGAUGGAAAUGGUCAGUAAAGCAUCAUUUUAGUUUUCAUAAGAGAUGGCAAAGCUAAAAAUCGACUUAUGUAUAAACCAGGAUCUGAUCAGCACAGACGGGUGAACUUGAACCAGCCUCUCAAACUGUAUUCAAGGUAAAUGAAUAUGUGGAAAACUUAACUCUAUAGAAGCGUUGAUGUUUUCUCAGAAAGACAAAAAUGCUGCACAGGUGCUGCUGCCAGCUAAUUACACUGCAAGAUGUGUUUCCAUUGCUCUGGUUAAGUUUCCAUCAGAUGUGGCCGCGUGUGUUGAAGCCUGAUGUUGGUGGAUCAGGGCCAGAGUGCAGACUGUGGUGUCUGCUUUAGCUAACAGGCCAGAGAGAGACCACAGAGACAUUUAAGUCAUCAAGCUGAGGAUUUUCCACCCACUGUCACUCUGUUAAUGUCAGUUCACUUGUAGGCCGCGCUCACAGAGCCUGUUUGGCUGGCAGCUCUUCCACUUGAAGGUCAGACAGACACACUAACACCGCUUCAUCUUAAAACGCACAGCUCCUGCCGUGUUCACAGCUAGCAUUAAAACUACUCCGCCCUCUGAGGAGGAUUAAAUCUGAGAUUUUUGGAAACUAGCCAGGUUGGUUUGAAAAGUUGAGGAUUGUGCAGGAUUGCAGGCUGUGACGGUGUCGUAUCCGUCACUGCUGACUAUCAGCAGCACACUCAUCAUGAACAAAUUGCAGGUGUUGCUGCCCUUGUAUAGCAGCUAAACCCUGCAUGUGGUUGUGCGGUCACGUUAUAAAGAAAUGACAUUGGUGUGGUGUGACCUGAACUUGAAUUCACGAGCAGUUAUGCUAUUAGAAUCAUUUUGGAGGUUAAACAAACAUUUCUAACAUUUCAGAUCAAACAGAAGCACCGUUGCUGUAACGCCAACCCUUAGUCUGAUUGUUCGUUUUAUGUCAGUGACAGAUUAUAAAUCGUAAAGUUAAACUAGGUCCUCUCCAGCACGGCAUUUCAUAUUUUUGAUCAUCUGUAGGCUAUUCAAACUUCUUUUUUGGAUAAUUUCAGGUUUUAUUAUUAUUUCAUUAUCAUUUUCAUGGCAGUUCCACAAACAACAUUCUCUUUUUAAAGAAAUCUUUACGAAUUCUCCUUCACACUUUCCCUGGGAUCGUGAUGUUUUCCAUAGAGGUCAGUGAAUAACAACCAGAAAAAAUAAAGGAUUUUUUUUCCCCCAACUAUUGGACUGCAAGCCAUUAAUGGCAGAUUUAUGUUAAACAAACCUCACUGUGUUAAAUACUCAGAUUUUCCAAAUGUUAGAGGGUUCCUUUAAAGGUAUUGACAUUUCAUUAGCUUUCAUUGCUACAGACGACAUUUCAGCAGUGUUCCUUUGCACAUGUCUUCCAGUGAAUCACAGGAACAAGGCCAUACUUAAUUGUUUAUUACUAUAUUUUUUAGAUUCUCACAGUGAAUGUAUUCUUUUAAAAGAUAUUGAGUAUAUAUUGUCUUAUUAAUGCAUUGUGUCUUUGCCUGUUCAUGUAACUGCUAUGUUUACUCCAGUCUUCGUCUGGCUUACCUCACUGUGCUCCUUCCCAUGCCUUUGUAAGAAGCAACUUGAAUGUUAAGCCAUUUAUUCAGUCAUUUUCAUUACAUUUCAACAUUCCUUCAAACGUGCACAUUGCAUUCAGCAAAGAGCAAACGUUUUACACUAUUUCCCAUAAAGAGAGAAAGCAGCAGAUGUUUGAUAAAGAAUGAGAUGGUAAAAGCUCUGUCACAUGAGGCUGGUCUCUUUCUAUUACAGAAACUCUGGAGAUCAGGUGCAUUUCCAUUUUGCCAUAUAAUCUACUCAGUGUCUUGGUUUCAGACUGAUUUCGUCAUCCGGUCCUUUGCCGAAUGAUUCUCAGUGAUUUAGCCGUGCGCUACAAACAAAGGCGGUCCUUGAAGUCAGUAUCCAUUGCCAUAAACUGAAUUACUUUGCCUUUUCUUGAGCACAUUGUAUUUGGUGUAUUCUUCCAGUAGAGUACACAGCUGAUGGAACUUCACCAAAUAAUCACUGAAGCACAUCUUUGUGUGAUAAAGCCAAGGGAAACAUAAAGCCAUGAUCAGUUGGUGACUGAAUGAGAGGGAACUUGAACUGUUCCACAACAGCAAGGUGACCUUUCUGGGUUCAUCUGAAACCUACACAGAUUUCAAAUGAAAAUGUAACGUUUGAGAUGUUGUUCUGCUGUAAAUGCAUUUAACCCUUCCUGCCGCUGCUCGCAUUCUUCUUUGAGAGGAGACAACUCUCUUGUCUUGUGGCAAUGCACUGAUUGGGUCACAAGACCUCGAGGGGAUCAGUAUGGCAGGCUGUUAUCUUUGUUUUUCUCAAACAAACUUUUUUUUUUAAUGAUAUUGUCUUUGUCACAUUGGUCUCAUUUGGUUUUGAAUUUAUUCCCAUAUAUAUGUUUUUGUUCAUCAUAAAAACCGAAGGUACAAUAAAAAAAAAAACUGUAAAAGUUUGAUGUGUAAAUCUCAAAGCAGUUCUUAACUGCCUGCUCUGAUUUCUCCUCAUCAAGCUGAUGCUUUUGAGACGUAUCAGACGAUGACGGCCCUCUUUUGUUCUCCUCUUCGAUUGUCUAGUUAAUUCAGAAAGCUUCCAGUACCUAAAAUCUUGUUCCUUGCUUAAAGAUACUGGAAAAAUACACAAAUGGCAAUACCCCUGAUAGGAGGCAGGAACAUCACUUAGCUCAACUGUAGAGUUUGCUGAGAGAGAUGGUUAUUCCCCCAUGAAAGGAGAGUUUGUAUAAACGACUGUUUCUGCAUGGUUUAAAAACAGCCUCAGAUUUUCUCAAAAUUUAAUCUUUCCUCAUUUUUUCUUUCUGUUUUAUUAAACAGAUUUCUGUUUGGGUUGUUUCUUCCAUUUUUUCUGUGAGAAAUUAGGAAAAUCACAUUAUCCAAAGUUUGUUUUUAUUUUUUAAUUAAAUGGCAAAAAUGACAACUUGUUAGUUCUAACCAUGACCUCUUUAGGCUUCUGUAUGUGUUUGGCAUACUUUGCUUUGUUUCUUUUUCCUCUCAUGGACAAAAAAACCCCUAAAAUAUCUUUUUGUUAUCAGUAUCACCCAAAUUGCAACUUCAUGAAAACAUUUUGUAGUGUUUAUUUGAGGUGUAUUUCCAUUUUUCUGAGGUCUGUUUGAAACAACAUAAUCUAUAGCUGUUAGUAAGAGUGUCUGCAAUGAGGACAUAAAUGUCUUUUAUGGCAGUCAGAAUGUAGUUCAUACUGUGUCAAAUUGUCUUGGAUUGUGUCGUCGUGUCCAUUAAGCAAGUGGAUUUUACCCCCCAAGUGAAGAUGGUUUACUGAUGUCCGUAAUUUCAUAGUUUUUCCAUAGAUCCUGGAACCAGUGUGGACUGUGUUAAAGGUAAACUUGUGUUUGUGGUGACUGAUGUGCAGGAUGUCUGUGCCCUGUGCCAACCUGAUGUUCUAAUGCACUUUGAACAGAGAUUUUUACUUUGCAGAAAAUAAAUGAAAAAAGAACCGAA